UGCAUGUGUGCGCAUGCGUGCGUACGUGUGAAGUGGUAUACGACAUAGAAUGUGAUAUGACAUGCAGUAUAAGUACAUUGUUCUUUUCAUUAACCUUUAUAACAGUAUUUGAUUUAUCAUUUGUUAUAAAUGGUAACCGAUCGAUGUUAAGACAGAUUUAACAUUUUAUAGAUAUUAUAGACUUUUUUUUAGUUUUUUGUACAUGGUGUAUAUAUAUACAACUGGACAUGUCUACUACUACUACUACUACUACUACUACUACUACUACUACUACUACUACUACUACUACUACUACUACUACUACUACUACUACUACUACUACUACUACUACUACUACUACUACUACUACUACUACUACUACUACUACUACUACUACUACUACUACUACUACUACUACUACUACUACUACUACUACUACUACUACUACUACUACUACUACUACUACUACUACUACUACUACUACUACUACUACUACUACUACUACUACUACUACUACUACUACUACUACUACUACUACUACUACUACUACUACUACUACUACUACUACUACUACUACUACUACUACUACUACUACUACUACUACUACUACUACUACUACUACUACUACUACUACUACUACUACUACUACUACUACUACUACUACUACUACUACUACUACUACUACUACUACUACUACUACUACUACUACUACUACUACUACUACUACUACUACUACUACUACUACUACUACUACUACUACUACUACUACUACUACUACUACUACUACUACUACUACUACUACUACUACUACUACUACUACUACUACUACUACUACUACUACUACUACUACUACUACUACUACUACUACUACUACUACUACUACUACUACUACUACUACUACUACUACUACUACUACUACUACUACUACUACUACUACUACUACUACUACUACUACUACUACUACUACUACUACUACUACUACUACUACUACUACUACUACUACUACUACUACUACUACUACUACUACUACUACUACUACUACUACUACUACUACUACUACUACUACUACUACUACUACUACUACUACUACUACUACUACUACUACUACUACCACUACUACUACUACUACUACUACUACUACUACUACUACUACUACUACUACUACUACUACUACUACUACUACUACUACUACUACUACUACUACUACUACUACUACUACUACUACUACUACUACUACUACUACUACUACUACUACUACUACUACUACUACUACUACUACUACUACUACUACUACUACUACUACUACUACUACUACUACUACUACUACUACUACUACUACUACUACUACUACUACUACUACUACUACUACUACUACUACUACUACUACUACUACUACUACUACUACUACUACUACUACUACUACUACUACUACUACUACUACUACUACUACUACUACUACUACUACUACUACUACUACUACUACUACUACUACUACUACUACUACUACUACUACUACUACUACUACUACUACUACUACUACUACUACUACUACUACUACUACUACUACUACUACUACUACUACUACUACUACUACUACUACUACUACUACUACUACUACUACUACUACUACUACUACUACUACUACUACUACUACUACUACUACUACUACUACUACUACUACUACUACUACUACUACUACUACUACUACUACUACUACUACUACUACUACUACUACUACUACUACUACUACUACUAACUACUACUACUACUACUACUACUACUACUACUACUACUACUACUACUACUACUACUACUACUACUACUACUACUACUACUACUACUACUACUACUACUACUACUACUACUACUACUACUACUACUACUACUACUACUACUACUACUACUACUACUACUACUACUACUACUACUACUACUACUACUACUACUACUACUACUACUACUACUACUACUACUACUACUACUACUACUACUACUACUACUACUACUACUACUACUACUACUACUACUACUACUACUACUACUACUACUACUACUACUACUACUACUACUACUACUACUACUACUACUACUACUACUACCUACUACUACUACUACUACUACUACUACUACUACUACUACUACUACUACUACUACUACUACUACUACUACUACUACUACUACUACUACUACUACUACUACUACUACUACUACUACUACUACUACUACUACUACUACUACUACUACUACUACUACUACUACUACACCUACAAGUAUUACUACUACGACUACCCCUACGACUAAUACCACUACUUCUACUACUGUAG